ACCACUGGAAGAGGAUGCUGGGUUUCUCACCAGUGGCCUUGGCUUCUUAAAUGAAUUACUGUGUUGUUCCAAGGAAAGAUUUGGGCUGUUGUGUACAGUACACAAAACCUAAAGAUAUCUCCUUAGAACUUAGUCUGAAGUAAAUAAGAUGGGAUGCACUGAGCAUUCCAGAGGGAUGAGGGAGUUGACCCUAAACGGUAGUUUGGCAGGCUCAACAAGCCCCCUUCUACUGAUUAGCUGAGUCAAAAGCUCACAGUUCUGUAGAGCUCUUGGUACUGAUCUCAAUCAUACAGACUUCUGUAGCCUGCUAAAGAGUAGCUGAGGCAUUGCAGGGCAGUGACUAGAUUUUGUUCUGAAUAGCUGUAAAAGCAGCAGAGUCCUGUGGCACCUUCUAGACUAACAGACGUAUUGGAGAAUGAGCUUUCGUGGGUGAAUCCCCACUUCGUCGGAUGCAUGAAUAGCUGUAAUUUUAACUUCUAGGGGGACAGAGGGGGGGCAGCAGGGCCAGGCUCUUGCAGGCUUUCCCCUGUGUUUAGCGUGUCGUCUUCAGGCCCUCAAACUUUUGCAAAGAGGUGUUAAAUCUAGCAGAGGGCAAUGAAGAAUGACAUUGGACAUCUACGGGGAGCUCAACCAGUAUAGCUCUGAGCGGCAGUCUGCCAGAGACAUUGAGGGGAUUUGUAAAGGGAGGGUUGGAUUCCUAUUGAACUCUUACGUUCACCAACGUGGAAAGGAAUCUGAGGCCAUGUCAGCUACAUGAAGAAGGUUUUACCUUGGUGAUUCUCCUUGCCAGCAGAUCAUUUUUUUGUUACUAUAUGUUCUUCACUGUACUUCCACUCUCCCGCUGUAGCUCAACUGCUGAAGUGACCCUUUAACUCAGUUAAUCGUCCUAAUUUACCUCCUUUGCUUUGAAAACCAGUUCAGUGUGUUGUGCAUUGCUGUAGGCAACUGCAGAGCCAGGGGCCUGCAGUUGCCCACAUAAAGGCAUGGGGAACUUCUCCUAAAUAAAAACUGCUUCUUAGUUCCCCUAAUGAAGUACGCAGAAUCAACAGCCUCAGGGCUACAGCGGAGGUUAAAGGCCUGAUGGGAUAAAGGGGUGUUUCGGUUGCAUCAUUUAUAAAUGUCUAAUGAUCGAGUCUAUUCCAAUUAAAACAAGGAAGGGAAGCCUAUACUCUCCCACUCAUCACAUCUCCCCAUUAACUCGGUAUGUCAGCAAGUGCCAUGGUGCAGAGAUGGUUACUGUGCUCCCCUCUCCUUUACAAAAAGUCUAGAUGUCUGACUGUUGGAGAACAGCACUUCUCAGUAGGUACUAAUCACAUCAAAUGCCAUUUAUGAUGCAGGACUUAAAGAAGCUGAGGUCUAAAGAAAUGAGACAUGAAUAGUGGGGGAUUUUGUUCCAGAUGCAUCUUUUUGCACUAUGCCAGCUUUACAAAAUGUUGUUCUCCUCCUGAGCGAGGGCAAGUCAUUUGUGUGGAUGGGUAAGUACAAAGUUUUCAUCACUAAAAACCUGGGGAUUGGUAAAUUUUCAUGACCCUUUUUGCAAAGUCGCACUAGGUAAUGGGAAAUUCAAUAUGUACUGCACUGGAGGCAGCAAGGUGGCCUGGGUGUAACAGAACGUGUUGUUUGGAGCCUGGGUGCUCUGCAAAAAUAUUCCUGUGAUGCUUGUUUCAGUGGGGGUGUGGUGUCCUUUUCUUGGGAAUCCGGUUCGGUCACAUCCAGGCCUUGGCAGAAAAUGGCACGGCCGGAUCACUCCCUUUUGUGAGCUGCUUGCAUUCAGAGGAACCACACUGUGUCCCUCAAGCUCCUCCUAAGGUGGCCCCUUAGGCUGGGCAAAGGUUUUAUUAAACUUUCUCUUCUGUACUUUUGUUUUGGGAUCCCCAAAGCCUGCACUGUCUGUGCACCUGCCUCGGCAGCCCUUCUACACAACGAGCAGGGACGUUUUUCUCGUUCCGGGGUGUCUGGAAAGCAGCGGGCAUCAUCCUCCUUCCCCCCCCCCCGGCUCCUGCCAGGCUGUCAGCUCUCUAAGGGAGACCCCUUGGAUGGCAAUUUCCCCCAUAAAGAGUCCUUACAAGAUGGCUUAGUGGGGCUUGUUGCUCCGUGUGUUCCUGUCCCUCUCCUGUGUUGCUCUGACUGUCGAACCAGCUCAUCUCCCUUCAAUGCUAGGAACCUCUUGUUCUGCCAGUGACCCUGUUACCAAUGGCCACUUGGCCAAACACAAACAGGCCACAGCCAUGGUAAUCCUCCCGUUGCUAAUAGGCCUGGCUCCUCGGCUCCUCUCCCUGGGCUGGCACCACCCCCGGUUACCAGCCUAGCAACGGCAGCUCACAGCCCUGAAGCCGGAGCUCGGCAGUCCCCGCAUGGGACCAUUAAAACCAACUCAGCUGCGGAACAGGUAUUCGGAGCAGCUGUGACCAGCGGACCUGGGGGAAAGGUCCCCCUAGGAGAACCAGGCACUUUGGGGCCCCUGUUCCCAUGCAGCAUGAUGGCCCUGAGGAUUUUCCGUUGCCCGAGCUGCGACAUGGGCUUCCGCUCCAAGCACCUGCUGGACAAGCACAUGGAGAAGUUCUGCAUUGGCCGUCAGGCAGCAGGCGACUCCUUUGCUCUCAAUGCCAGACACCGGGAGCAGGGGAAGAAGAUGCCCAGGAACACAGACACUCCAGACCACACGCAGCGGCAGCUGGGCGACCCGCGGGUGAGGAGAGUCCGUCUGGGACAGCAGCCGCAGGACUUCCUGAGCGACCGCGAGAGGAACCUUCUCGGAGGCUAUGAGCUUAAAGGGAGCCCCUCAGACAGCCGGGCCUUGAGGAAGCUGACAGAGGAGUUCCACAAACUGAGGAUGUCUCUGGAGGACACUGUCCCUGCUCUCCAACCCUUGAAGCCAGAGGAGGAUGCUGGCCGUCGGAUUUCCCACCGGCAGGGGUACAAGGAGCGGCUGCAGGAGAUAGCAAAGGCGCACGAGCACCAGAUGGCUGCUAUCCAGGCCAGGAACCAGCAUCUGGAGCAGCAGGGAGAGGAAAUCCGCAGGCGCCUGUCGGAGCUGGCCCUCAGCAACUCUUCCAGCGCGCACGUCGAGCAGCUGCUGCUGGAGCUGAAGGCCCAGGAGGGGAAGAACCAGCUGGCGCUGGAUGCUCUGAGACACCAGAUUGGGCUCAUGCAGGCUGCAGACACGAGAAGCAGGUUGGAGCCAGACAGCCGUACCAACGCAGCCGGGGCCGCAGAGAAGGUGGGCGAGAAGGUCUCCAUCAGUCUCAUCCCAUUCCCUCCGGCUGCCGGGCCCCUCUCCUCGGAAAUGAGAGCCCUGCACCUGGCCUACCUGCAGGGCGGGGGGAGCGACCCUGCCGUUCUGGCGCAGAUGUACGACCUGCAGGUGGAGGCCACGGCGCUGGAGAGGGCGGCUGGGAGGCAGGAACACAAGGAGAGGAAGAAAAAACACCAGGCGGCCGGCAUUGGCCCCCGGGGCCUGGACGCAGAGCUGCUGGCUGUGGAACUGGAGAAUCAGCGGCUGGAGGACGAGCUCUUUAAGCUGAAGAUGCAGAGGGAUAAGAGGAGGGUGGAUGACGGCGUGCUGGACAAGGAGCUGGCGGAGCAGCAGCGGGCACACGCGAUGGAGUUGGCUCAGCUGCACGCCGAGGUCGGGAUGCUGAGACGUGAGGCAGAGAGGGUGCAGCCACGACGGGCUGGGAGGAGGUCGCCACCCAUGCUCCCACCGCCAGUGGCCCCACCCCUGCCACCGCCCCUGCCCCUGCCUCUGCCAGGCCUGCGUGAACUCCCCUUCAUGGACCGAAUGGGACCUCAGACCCAUCUCAGCAGAUACUUGCUGGACCCUCCCGACGCUCUGGGACCUGCUCCGUAUGACCCAGCGACCGGCUUUGUGAUAUUCUACGACUUCCUGCUGGGCUUGGACCCUACCUUCUUCCAGGUUUGCCUGGUGGCUGGGCUUUACCGUGAUGGGCAGGAGAUGGGCAAGCCAACUCCUCUCCCUGUCGCUUACUGCCAAAUGGGCCAGUCCCCACCGUAUGUAGUAGAUGGGCAGAGAGGCAACGGUGCAAUCCUAUCGGCUAAACAGCCGGUCCCAAGAGUCCGGCCCUCAAUGUCCAUCGCUCUGGUGAUGGAGCUGCAGGCCUCUGGGGGCUUCGACGCCUACGGGCAGGAGAUCCAGCGCCUGGCCUCCCGGGGAUGGGCCAAAAUCAACCUUUUUGACCAGCUCCACCAGCUGAUCAGUGGGCGAUGGAAGAUUCCGGUCCGGUUGCUUCCGGUGCAGCCGGGCCUCACAACAGAACAGCUGAACGGGAUCCCUCAGGCUGGCAAGACGGAGCUUUACCUUCGGGUGGUGAAUGCGAGAGACGCCGACAUGCAGUCGAUGGCCGAGAUCGACCCUGGCAACGCCGCCAUGUACCAAUACCCUCCCACGGUGUCCAGCCGCACAGCACCCCCUGCAGGCAGCCUUCCAACCCAACACCCUUUCCACCCUGCCCCCACCAGCCUGUACCUUUCUGAUCCUCCUUACACUGGCUUUGUUGACCCGCCUCCUAUUCAGGAACAGCGUGUCCAGCACAAAACUAGUCAAAGGCGUGGUGGAGCAGCCCUUCGGGGCGGGAAGCUGACGGAGGCCCAGGAACGCAGGGUGCAGCCCCAGCAGGGAGAGCCCAGGAAUGACGACGAUGCGGGGAAGAGGUUGGGGUUCAUCAUAGACCGGGUGAAAGGCGCCCCGCUGGGAGACGGGGUCCUCAGGCUGACCGGCUAUCACCAGAAAACGGGGCAGGUGAUCAGCACCAGGAACUCCGGGAUGACUUGCUACGCGACCCCUGUGAGAUCCAACAUUAAACUCGGCUACUUCAUAUUCGGGGAGCAGGAGGUGAAUUUCCUGGACCUGCUGCCGCAGGAGGACAUGAUCCUGAUUGUCCGCUUUUACCACUGGCCCAGUGGAGGGGUGGCCACCACCCCGUGGGACCAGGGGUCGGGCGGGCAGCAGCUGCUGCUGGGAACUGAUGCGUGGUUGGCUGCCUGGGCCAUCCUCAGACUGACCAAGCCUGCUGGAUCCGAUGUGGCGACGAAGGGGGGCCUAGGAGCAGUGACCUGGAACACGGGGCCCCACGAUUUGACCCUGUAUCAUGGCCCUGUGCCUCCUGCCCAUACGCUCUCAGUCCUGCCCGAGGAGCGGCAGCACAAGGGCUUCGAACCAUACGGCAGUGCCAGCGUGAGGCUGCACCUGUUCAGCGACAAGAAGCCGGAGCAGCCUUUCCCACCCGAGUCGCCAGUCCCUCUCAGCCAGCCGCAGGACUGGCCCUGGGCGGCGUUCAUCCAUCACACCAGGGAGACGCCCGCCUCGGAGCCCUUCAGCGCCACAGACGGCUUCGACCUGUACAUCGACGGGGCCCGGUUCCUGCCCGAUGCCGUCACCGUCACUAGGGUCGCUGGCCGGAUCUUUGACAGCCACUACCACCAAGUUGGUCCAGACAUUUCCACCGCCAUUGAUUUGAGCAGCAAUAUCUUCGAGCCACUCUACAACUAUCGCGUGGAGAUCCGGAAUCCACCAGUGCCGCCCUCCGCUACGCUCUUGCUAAAGCUCUACUCCCUGGAUCGGUUCAGUUCCAAGCUCGUCCUGAUCGGCUGGGCAGCUCUCAAUCUCUUUGUGGAAUCUGGGACGCACAGAGCCCCGGCUGCAGAUUCCCAGGGGAUCCAGGUCUCUCUGAACGAGGGUGCCCACCAGCUUCGCCUGUACCACAGUGGCCCUGCCACGGACCAGCUGUUCUCUGUCGGUGCCCUCACCUCUGCAGGACGGUAUGUCCCAUGUGCCAGCCUGCUAGUCAGGCUGCUCAAAGCCCCCGUGGACUCCAGCCAUCAAACCCUGCAGAGAAGCAUGGUUCCCCAGGGGGACUGGGUCAGACUCGGCCUCUUCCAGCCCAGGCCUGACUAUUCAGACGGGAUCUAUUAUUCAGACUCGGUCGUGCCCACCGCCGGGGAGAGGUGCCUCUACAGCGCCAUGGGAAACAGGUCUGCAGUGCUGGUUCGGGAGAUUGUCCCUCAGCUUGUGGGAAACGAAGGCCCGGAGCUGAAUACAGAUGCGGAGAUCUCUACUUGGAUCAAAGAGAAACUGACCAGGACGAUGGACUGCAGCCCUCAGCCUUUCAAUCUUACCUAUGUCUCUCGAUACCUCCCUACAUACGGCAUUAAGUUUGCAGUGGAUGGUGCCAAGAAUCUACCCUGGUCUGGUUUGACGGUGGCUCAUUUCUGCUUCAAUCCCCCUGGGGCCUUUUAUUUUGGGAGGCCCUGGCUAAAAUACGAUCGUCCUGUCUUUGUGGAGGAGCUUGACCUUGACAGCUACCAGCGAUGGCCUGUGUGGCUGGAUGGAUUCAAGUCCUUUCCCCAGAGGAUUUACAAUGAGUAUCUAACGGUGAUUAUCCACCUGUACGAAGUCCUGGUGAAUCCUGAGCCAGACACUCCGGGCAAAAAGGCAGCCACCAGACCUGUGCCGAGAGGAAUCAUGAGGAAAGAGGGCGAAAGGCUGCGCUAUGCACUGGGGAGUGAAGCAUGGGCUGUUCUCCAAGUGUUCUCUAGUGGCUACUGCAAUACUGAUGUUUAUCAGCUGCCUCUGUACCAGGGGGCUCCCAGCCAGGAACGUGUACCAGCGUUACGCAGGAGCUGGCGAACAGGAAAGUGGUGAGUCAUCAUGCCACGCCAGUGCACCGUGUUUAAUCACCGUGCAAUAGUGAGACGCGUCUACAGUGUUAAGGCUGGGAUGAAAAAUGACCUGUAAAAAUGACUCCUCCUGAUCCACCCCACUGCAUGGUCAAAUUCCCCUUGAUGCCAAUUGGGUCAGAACUGGGGCCUUAAAGGAGUAAAAAUGUUGUUAGCCCUGCAGAGCCAAUGGAGCGCUGCAUGAACCACCUGGCUUUUUUCCCGCUUCAGGCCUCAGCACUGUCCUGUAUGUGCCAGCUGCACAAUAGAACUGUUCCCCGGGGGACAGGCAGAACAGACCCGUCUGUGCUCAGUUCCAGGUUGAGUUUUGUAGUGCGGGCAAGUAGAAAACUCAUCGUUAGCCCUGUGGCGGGGCGACGACUCACUGGCGCGGCGCCUCCUGCUGGUCGUCCUGGGAACUAGCCCUUCCAGCCUCUGGAGUGCCCUCUGCAGGCCGGUGUCUCACCUGCUGCUGGCCCCCGUGUCCCUCCUGGACCCCGGUGUCCUUUACAUCAGGGUUCUGCCCCCAAGGAGCAACCCACAAUCUGGGUCUCUCCACCCAGGGGAUCCCCCAACCCCCUAGUCCCACCUCGCCUCAGUGGCUACUGCCAGUCGUCGUCUAGCCCCCGCCCCCUGGGGCAGACGCAGUCUGUAAUCCCCUCAUCAUCGGCAAGGGGGGGUUGGACCAGAUGCCUCUGCCUAUCUCUGGGCUGCCCCUCUGCAGCCCCAGUGCCCUUUGUG